AUGGCUGACAAGCAGAACGACACAAAUCCUUUCCUGCGGCGGCCUCUCUACGUUUACGAUUUAACACCCGAGUUACUAUACACCCUCACUCUCGCGGGACGUGAUAAACCAGCCCAUCAGCAUGGCGAAGGAGAAUCUGCGCCCUCGGACGUACCGGACGCAUCAAACGAAGGCUCCAAUGCCCCCUCAACCUCAUGCGCACUGUGCAAAGUCUCGUUCGAUAAUGUUCAGGAUCAGCGCCAGCAUGUCAAGUCUGAUUUCCACCGGUACAACCUGAAACUAAGCAUAAAAGGGGCGCCACCCAUAGAUGAGGCUACUUUUAUACGAAUGAUAGGUGACCUCGACGAGUCAUUAUCCGGCUCUGAGUCUGACGACUCGGAGGACGACCAGGAAGGGAGCAAACCAGGCGAUACGACGCUGAGCGCACUUUUGAGAAAGCAAGCCAAGAUCUCGAAUGAAGAGCAGGAUGAUGAUUUAGUAGCCACGAAAAAGAAACACUUCGGGACGGCGCCUAUGUUUUGGAUGACGAGUCCAAAAUUAGACCAGGACGUCGGCUUGGGAGUUUACAGAGCGAUUCUGUCAAAAGAGGAGCAAGACACAGCAUCUACAAGCCUAGUAGAUAUCAUUAAGAGGAAACAAGUCAAGCCAACACUGCCCAAGCAGACCGGAAAUGCAAAGGGGUCUUUGGCGCAAGACGAGCCUCAUUUCUUCCUCUGCAUGAUUGGAGGUGGACAUUUUGCCGCAAUGAUCGUCUCGUUGGUGCCGGAAAUCAGGAAAGGACCAGGAGGUAUAGAAGAGCGACAUGCUGUGGUCAGAGCGCACAAGACGUUUCACCGUUACACCACGAGACGGAAACAGGGUGGCUCGCAGUCAGCGAACGACAAUGCUAAAGGCAACGCACAUUCCGCUGGAUCUUCGAUACGCCGGUACAACGAGAUGGCUCUCGAAGCCGAUGUGCGUAAUGUCUUGUCAGAAUGGAGAGGCAUGAUCGAUACUGCAGAGCUGCUUUUCAUUCGAGCGACAGGAUCCACAAACAGACGAACACUCUUCGGGCCUUAUGACGGUCAAGUACUACGAAGUAACGACCAGAGAAUCCGAGGAUUCCCAUUCAGCACCAGGCGCGCCACGCAAAGCGAGCUUCUCCGCUCGUUCCAGGAGCUCACGAGGUUGAAAGUGGGCAAGUUGACCACAGCGGACGACGAAAAAGGGCAAACAGAGAAGACGGCGGCUCCAAAGGAGGCCAAACCGAAACCCCAAGUACCAAAACUCACCAAGGAAGAGGAAACAGCACUACUCCACACAUCACAACUUCUAGCCCUCAUCAGACGUUCAAAAGCUCCUGGAUUGCUACUCUAUCUCACCAAAAACGAGCUCUCGCCAAACUUCACAUUCUACCCCCUCUCCGAACACCAUCACGCACCUACACCGCUACAUUUAUCCGCCUCCUCCAAUUCUCCGGCUCUCGUGACUGCCCUGCUCACCAAAGCAAAUGCUGACCCGACUAUUACGAACGGCGAUGGGAGGACGGCGUACGACAUUGCAGGCGAGCCCAAAACCCGCGAUGCGUUCCGGGUUGCACGACAUCAACUUGGCGAGAGCGCGUGGGAUUGGACCGAGGCCCACGUUCCCUCGGCGCUGAGUCAGGAGGAGGCAGAUGCAAAAUCGAGACAGGAAAAGGCAGCUUCCGACGCGGCCGAGGUGCAGCGACGGAAAGCCGAGCUUGAGCAGAUACGCAUGGACGAGGAAAGGAGAAAGGUUGGGAAGCUCGAGAAGAAAGCCGGGCCGGGCAGGAGCCUGGAAAAGACGGCGAACGAGAAGAGAGAGGAAGAAAUGCGCGGCAUGACGCCCGAGAUGCGGAUGAGGAUCGAGCGGGAGAGAAGAGCCAGGGCGGCCGAGGAGAGGUUGAAGCGGAUGCAGGGAAAGUGA